AUGUCCCUACCCAGGAACCUAACUCCUGGCGGGUGGGCGGAGUUCCAAGACUGGAGUUUGAUGCUCGACUCAGACGACGGGUCCCUCAACAAUACCCAGACACACCGAUGGGCCACCCUAUUCAUGGAAGCUUGCGCGAACCUCGGCCGAGACGGGGCUCCUGGACCAAAAUUGAAUACAUGGGUGAAAGACCAUGGCUUUCAAAACGUCGAGCAUCGACACUACAAGAUUCCCAUCGGGCCUUGGGCAAAGGAUCCUUUGCUCAAGGACAUUGGCAUGUGCAAUCUUAUUCAGAUGUUCGAAGGGCUCGACGCAUUCACUCUGAAGCUCUUCUGCACCGCACUAGAUUGGACUAGGGAGGAGGCGCUCGUGUUGCUUUCGCAGGUCCGCCAGGAAAUGAAGGCUUGCAAGUCUCACGUCUACCUACCCUUCCACGUUGUCUACGGGCAGAAGCCUGAGUAA